UUGACUCUUUUGCGGAGCAUGAGAGUGCGCUGUUUGGCAUGACAUUUCCUCAGCCCAGAAUGAAUUCCUUGUCAUGGGCAGCAGCAGCCAGAAAAAGAGCAGCAGCAGCGAAUCUUGGUGAAAUUCCUCGCACGAAUCGAUCGAUCCAUCCAUCCCAUUCCAUUCCAUUCCAUUCGGCAUUCCAUUCUCCUAAAGCGAUCUCUCGCCUCUCUCGUGUGGGUGCCAUUUCUGCGUGACAGCGAGCUUGUAAAAAAUCUCUUUGUUUUUUCUAGUUUGCGAUGGGCUUGUUCUUCGUGACGCGCCCGCCGGGGGUGGUGUGAGAGAGGAAUGGCGAUGGUGUCUCGAGCAAUGCGAGAAAUGCGAGAGUCUUGGAUCGCGCAAGGGAGAGAAAGUAGAUCAUUGUUUCGUGAUCUUCAGGUUGGCGGGUGAUACGCUCUUUGGAUCCACCGUAACGGCGUGAUUUCUCUCCUUUUCUUUUUCACCCCUGGGAUCUCUACUUCUCGAUCAAGCUCUAGUUUUUUCUUUUUCCUCGCUUUCGAUCGCGCGAGUAGCCGCCAAAGGAAGAACAGUUUGGCCGAAAUCUUGUGGUUUGUCCUCCUUGGUACGUUAGAAACAGUCGCGGCGAGGAAAGAAAAGGAAAAGAAUGGGCAAAGAAAGAAUCGGCUGAUCACACAGGAGGGAGGGAAGAGAAAAGAAUUGUGGCUCCAGCUCGCGACCAUGAUCGCGAAUUUCAUCGCCAUUCUUGUCACUGGGCUGUGGAUUUCGACGAGCAGCGGGGCGAGCGUGAAUCCUCUCCUGGAUUUCCGAAGUGGGCUCACCAAUUCCCAGGCUCUGGGCGACUGGAUCAUCGGUUCGUCGCCAUGCGGCGCCAAGAAAUGGACAGGGAUCUCGUGCGCGUCCACGGGGGCAAUCGUGGCCAUCUCGCUCAGCGGCCUGGAGCUGCAAGGCCCAAUCUCCGCCGCCACCGCGCUGCUAGGGCUCCCGGCGCUCGAGGAGCUCGAUCUCAGCAGCAACGCCCUCUCGGGCGAGAUCCCUCCACAGCUCUGGCAGCUGCCCAAGAUCAAGCGCCUGGAUCUCAGCCACAAUCUCCUCCAAGGCGCCAGCUUUGAUCGGUUCGUCUCUCCACCGCCCCAAAAUCUCGAGGAGCUCAAUCUCGCCUCGAAUUCUCUCACGGGGAGGAUCGACCUUUGCGCGCUGUUGGGUGGGCAGCUCAGGAAGCUCGAUCUCUCCGCGAAUUUCUUCUCGAGUCUCGACCAGCAGCCGUGCGCUGGGCAGGAUCAGCGCCUAGAGGAGCUUGUUCUUGGCGGAAACAGUCUCUUCGGCUACAUCCCUCCAUCGAUCUUCUCCCUAGCGGCGCUGCGGCAGCUGGAUUUGAGCAGCAAUCUCUUGUUCGGCACCAUCCCAGCGUCCAAUCUCUCGCGCUCGCUCCAGAUCCUCGACCUCGCCAACAAUUCCCUCACUGGCGAGAUCCCGCCCAGCAUCGGUGAUCUCUCCAACCUCACCGAGCUCUCGCUCGGCCUCAACUCUGCGCUGCUCGGUUCCAUCCCGCCCUCCAUCGGGAAACUCUCCAAGCUCGAGAUCCUCUACGCCGCCAACUGCAAGCUCGCAGGUCCCAUCCCUCACUCCCUCCCGCCAUCGCUCCGCAAGCUUGAUCUCUCCAACAAUCCCCUCCAAUCGCCCAUCCCGGAUUCUAUCGGUGAUCUCUCCCGGAUCCAAUCCAUCAGCAUUGCGUCCGCGCAGCUCAAUGGAUCCAUCCCGGGGUCGCUCGGGCGGUGCUCCAGCCUCGAGCUCCUCAAUCUGGCCUUCAAUCAGCUCUCCGGGCCUCUCCCUGACGAUCUCGCGGCGCUGGAAAAGAUCAUCACGUUCUCGGUAGUGGGGAAUUCGCUCUCGGGACCAAUCCCGCGCUGGAUCGGGCAGUGGCAGCUCGCGGACUCCAUACUGCUCUCCACGAACUCGUUCUCGGGCAGUAUACCGCCGGAGCUCGGGCAGUGCCGCGCGGUAACAGACCUGGGCCUGGAUAACAACCAGCUCACCGGCAGCAUACCGCCCGAGCUGUGCGACGCCGGUCUCCUCUCUCAGUUGACCCUUGACCACAACACGUUGACCGGGUCCCUGGCAGGCGGUACGCUGCGGCGGUGCGGCAAUCUCACGCAGCUCGACGUCACCGGCAACCGGCUCACGGGUGAAAUCCCGCGGUACUUCUCGGAUCUCCCCAAGCUCGUGAUCUUGGACAUCAGCACGAAUUUCUUCAUGGGAUCCAUCCCCGACGAGCUGUGGCACGCGACGCAGCUCAUGGAGAUCUACGCGAGCGACAAUCUUCUCGAGGGUGGGCUGAGCCCGCUGGUGGGAAGGAUGGAGAAUUUGCAGCACUUGUACCUGGAUCGCAACCGGCUCAGCGGUCCGCUGCCCAGCGAGCUCGGACUUCUCAAGAGCUUGACGGUGCUCUCUCUGGCUGGGAAUGCAUUCGAUGGGGUGAUUCCACGAGAGAUCUUUGGUGGUACCACUGGGUUGACGACGCUGGAUCUCGGUGGCAAUCGCCUGGGCGGUGCCAUACCGCCCGAGAUCGGUAAGCUGGUCGGGCUGGACUGCCUGGUUCUCUCGCACAACCGGCUCUCGGGGCAAAUUCCAGCCGAGGUGGCGAGCUUGUUUCAGAUCGCAGUGCCGCCCGAGUCGGGCUUCGUCCAGCAUCACGGGGUUUUGGAUCUGUCACACAACUCGCUCACGGGUCCCAUUCCUUCCGGGAUCGGCCAGUGCUCGGUGCUCGUGGAGCUCGAUCUCUCCAACAAUUUGCUCCAGGGGAGGAUACCGCCCGAGAUAUCUUUGCUCGCCAACCUCACCACCUUGGAUCUCUCGAGCAACAUGCUCCAGGGGAGGAUUCCCUGGCAGCUCGGGGAGAACUCCAAGCUCCAGGGGCUCAACCUCGGGUUUAACAGGUUGACGGGGCAAAUACCACCCGAGCUGGGCAACUUGGAGAGGCUGGUCAAGCUCAACAUCUCGGGCAAUGCUCUCACGGGAUCCAUCCCGGAUCAUCUCGGGCAGCUCUCAGGAUUGAGUCACCUCGACGCCAGCGGCAAUGGGCUCACUGGAUCGCUCCCGGAUUCCUUCUCCGGAUUGGUUUCCAUCGUGGGCUUGUUCCUCCAGAAGAACUCUCUCAGCGGGAGCAUCGAUCGGCUGCUUAGAAACAGCUUGCAGUGGCAUCAGGCGCAGGCUCUCAAUCUCAGCUACAAUGCCCUGACCGGGGAUAUCCCGAGAAGCAUUGGAAACUUGACGGGUCUCUCGUUCCUCGACUUGAGCAAGAACUCGUUGACUGGCGAGAUUCCAAGCGAGAUUGGAGGCAUCUUGCAGCUGAGCUACCUGGAUCUGUCUGUGAACAAGCUCGUCGGGGGUAUACCAGGUAGUCUCUGCGAGUUAACCGAGCUCGGCUUCUUCAACGUCUCGGACAAUGGGUUAACGGGUGAUAUACCCCAGGAGGGCAUAUGCAAGAACUUCUCGCGGCUCUCGUAUGGCGGCAAUCGAGGGUUGUGUGGAUUGGCGGUGGGAGUGAGCUGUGGAGCGCUUGAUGAUCUUCGCGGCAAUGGCGGCCAACCCGUGCUUCUCAAACCGGGUGCCAUUUGGGCGAUCACCAUGGCCAGCACGGUUGCGUUCUUUUGCAUCGUGUUUGCGGCGAUCCGGUGGAGGAUGAUGCGGCAGCAGUCGGAAGCGCUGCUGGGCGAGAAGAUCAAGCUCAACAGCGGCAACCACAACAGCCAUGGAUCGACGUCGAGCUCGUCGCCAUUCUCGUCCGAUCGCGGCGGCUCAAGCUCCUCCAGCGGGUUGAGCUGCCUCAAGAGCGUGAUAUCGGGUACCGCGGCCAGCACCCGGAUGAUCACGAGCUCGGACGGCAGUAACACCGAUGUGUCCCAGGAGCCACUGAGCAUCAACGUCGCCAUGUUUGAGAGACCGCUGCUCAAGCUCACGCUGUCCGACAUCGUGACCGCGACCAACGGCUUCUCAAAGGCCAACGUGAUCGGGGACGGCGGGUACGGCACGGUGUACCGCGCGGUAUUGCCCGACGGCCGCACGGUGGCGGUCAAGAAGCUGGCGCCGGUCCGGGACUACCGCGCGGUAAGGAGCGGUAGCAGCUGCCGCGAGUUCCUGGCCGAGAUGGAGACGCUGGGUAAGGUAAAGCACCGUAACUUGGUAACUCUGCUGGGUUACUGCUCGUACGGCGAGGAGCGGCUGCUGGUGUACGACUACAUGGUCAACGGUAGCCUUGACGUGUGGCUCCGGAAUCGAACCGACGCGCUGGAGGCCCUGACGUGGGACCGCCGGCUGCGCAUCGCGGUAGGCGCGGCACGUGGUCUGGCGUUUCUCCACCAUGGGAUCGUGCCACAUGUCAUCCAUCGCGACGUCAAGGCGAGCAACAUUCUCCUGGACGCCGACUUCGAGCCACGUGUCGCGGACUUUGGGCUGGCGCGGCUGAUCUCGGCGUACGACACGCACGUCAGCACGGACAUCGCCGGGACUUUCGGGUAUAUCCCGCCCGAGUACGGCAUGACGUGGCGUGCUACGUCAAAGGGUGACGUCUACAGCUAUGGCGUCAUCUUGCUGGAGCUGGUGACGGGGAAGGAGCCGACUGGGCCGGACUUCAAGGACACUGAGAUUGGUAACUUGGUGGGUUGGGUGAGGUCCAUGGUACGGCAGGGUAAAAGUGACGAGGUACUCGACGUGGCGGUGGCUACGCGCGCCACGUGGAGGUCCUGCAUGCACCAGGUCCUCCAUAUUGCGAUGGUGUGUACGGCGGAUGAGCCCAUGAAGCGCCCGCCCAUGAUGGAAGUUGUACGUCAGCUCAAGGAGUUAGAGCUAUAGUGAAUGUAACAAUGGUAAAGUUAAUCUUUUGUAAGUCCAGAUUAUAUCAAAAUGGUUAAAACAGGAUUUUAGGGUUCUUGCGAGAA